GUGCCUAGGGAAUGACAGGCAUCCCUUCAGGCUGCCUGACCCCACCUUUGGCUGCAGCCUAGCCAUUGGCUGCUUAUUAGAAUAAAUUGAGGACAAUGCAUACCACUGGCUGCCAAUUUUAAACAUAAGGGAUAUGUAUUCACUUAGCACUGACUUUUGGGAGGGGCCAAGGAGCGAGUGUAGUUCUAUGGACUAGGCUUGUGGGGCUUAGACCGUCUGGGAGCCUCUUGUGCAGUGCUCCUGCUUCCACAGGCAGUUCGUCCUUACCUGUACCUGUUGGAAAACGGUUUCCGCUGCUGAGUGAUCACCUACACCAGGUGCCGCAGGACUGUCACUCUAAAUUAAUCUCAGCCUUCAGUCUCUGGCACGCAACAAACCAGCUUUGAAGCAUCCACCCAGUUGGGUCUCUCUCAGUCUGAUUUGGGGAGUUUAUCCAAGCCUGAAUAUACGCCAUGGACGACUUUGAACGUCGUAGGGAGCUCAGGAGGCAGAAACGAGAGGAGAUGCGUCUAGAAGCAGAGAGAUUAGCCUAUCAAAGAAAUGACGAUGACGAGGAAGAAGCCGCCAGAGAACGCCGCAGGCGAGCCCGGCAGGAAAGACUGCGGCAAAAGGAAGGUGAUGACAUACCAGGGCAAAUGAUAGAGAAGCCCGAAGUCAAUGCCCAGAACAACCUUACAGAAGAAGAUACCAAAAGUACUAUGACUACAAUUACCACUGUUACAAAUACUCAAGGUGACGGGGAUGACGAUGCGGUGUUCUUGGAAAGGUUAGCGAAGAGGGAAGAAAGGCGCCAGAAACGUCUUCAAGAAGCCAUGGAGCGCCAAAAGGAAUUUGACCCAACAAUUACUGACGAGAGCCUGUCGUUCACCAGCGGAAAAGUGGUGAACAACGUCGAAGAAAAUGAGACCCCGGAGAAAGAGGAGAAGGUGGAAACCCACAGAAGACGCUACGAGGUGGAGGAAACUGAAACCAUCACCAAAUCGUACCAAAGGAAUAACUUGAGGCAAGAUGAGGAAGAGGAGAAGAAAGAGGAGGAAGACAAGGAGGAGGAACAAGACGAGAAGCCAAAGCAAAGAAUCAUAGAGGAUAAUCAGGUAGAAGUAACAUUAGAAAAGAAAAUGGUAGAUGAUGAUGAGGGAGCUGUGGUGUUGAAAGUACAGCGUCUUGAGGUAAACGCCGAUGAGCAAAAAGUAGAGAAUGACACAGAUGCCCUAGCUGGCAGUGGAGGGGCCGUAAGCAUCACAGUAGCCUUAGAACAAAGGAAAGAUAAAGAGGAUGAGGAUGAAGCAGAAAAGCAAAAAAUAGAGGAGAAGGAGAGGCUUGAGAGAGAGGAAAUGGAGAGAGCUAAAGCAGAACAGCAAAGGAGAGCCGAGGAGGAGGAGGAGGAGAGAGAGAGGCUUGAAGCAGAGAAAAGGGCAGCUGAGGAAAAAGAGAGGCUAGAAGCAGAAGAAAGGGAAAGAAUCAAAGUAGAGGAACAACAGAAAGCUGAGGAGGAGAGAAAGAGGGUUGAGGCAGAGAGGAAAAGAGCUGCUCAGGAGAAAGAGAGGCGUGAAGCUGAGGAGAGGGAGAGGAUUAAGGCUGCCGAAGAGAAAAAGGCGGCUGAAGAAAGAGAGAGGGCAAAGGAAAAGGAAAAAAAGGAGGCUGAGGAGCGGGAGCGGGCCAAGGCAGAGGCUAAGAGGGCAGCUGAAGAAAAGGCUAAGCUGGAAGAGGAAAGGUUGAAGGCGAAACAAAAGACUGAGGGGAAAAAGGUAGAUCAGGCGAAAGGGAAGAAGGUAGAAGAGAAGAAGACAGAAGACAAGCAGGUAAAAGAGAAGAAAGUACAAGAGGAAAAAACCACAGCAGCUUUCCUGAGAAAACAGGGGGAAGAAAAAGAGGGAAAAGUGGAAGCUAAAAAAGAAAAGCUACAAGAUGAGAAACUGCGGCCGGCCUUCAGAAAAGAGGAGCAGAUAAAAGACAGCAAGGUGAACCGAGACAAAACACCCAAGGAAGAGGUUAAACCUGCCUGGGACCGCAAGAAAGGACUUCCUGAGUCAAAGCCACAGAAUGGGGAGCGUUUCCCGGAAUUCUCCACUCACAAACUGAAACAUGCAGAGAAUGCUUUUAGUCGCCCAGGCUUCAAAACCGCCUCAGAUGCUGACGAAGCCAAGCCAGUGUCCCACGCGGAGGCCGGCAAGCGGGUGGAGGAACUGCGUCGUCGCCGAGGCGAAAACGAGAGCGAAGAGUUUGAGAAGUUGAAGCAAAAGCAACAGGAGGCGGCUGUGGAACUGGAAGAGCUGAAAAAGAAACGCGAAGAGCGUCGGAAGGUUCUGGAAGAAGAAGAGCAGAGGAGGAAGAGAGAGGAGGCGGAAAGGAAAACUCGGGAGGAGGAAGAAAAGAGGCGGCUGAAGGAGGAAAUUGAGAGGAGAAGGGCGGAAGCGGCUGAGAAACGCCAGAAGAUGCCAGAGGAAGCUGUGACCGAUGAGAAGCCGUUUAAAUGUUUCACCCCUAAGGGUUCCUCUCUCAAGAUAGAAGAACGUGCAGAGUUCUUGAACAAAUCUGCCCAGAAAAGUGGUAUGAAACCCACCCACACGACCACGGUUGUCUCCAAAAUAGACAGCAGGCUGGAGCAAUACACCAGUGCAAUUGAGGGCAACAAAGCCCUGAAGGCCGCCAAGCCAGCAGCCUCCGACCUCCCGGUCCCUGCCGAGGGCGUUCGUAACAUCAAGAGCAUGUGGGAGAAAGGCAACGUCUUCUCGGGGGCCUCUGGCACAGGGACACCCAAUAAGGAAACAGCUGGGCUGAAAGUCGGCGUCUCCAGUCGCAUCAAUGAAUGGUUAACUAAGACCCCGGAAAACAGCAAAUCGCCUGCUCCAAAACCAUCUGACUUAAGACCCGGAGACGUAUCUGGCAAACGCAACCUCUGGGAGAAGCAGUCAGUGGAGAAGGCCACAUCUCCCACAAAGGUCGCAGCAGUGGGGAAAAAGUCAGAGACCAAUGCAGGUUUGAGACAAUUCGAAAAGGAACCCUAAGGAAGCCAUGAAUGAUGCUGAACCAACUCGGUUUUAAAAACGGAAAGUGCUAAAUUUGUCCCUCUGUUUUUAUAUAUAUUUAUGUUUGUUUACCAAAAGGCCUUUUUGGGGGGGUUGGGUUAUUUCCCCCCCUGUUGCAUUAUCCCAUUUUUAAAAGAACCGUGUAUAUUAGCACUGUAUUUAAUAACCAGUCUUGAAACAUUCAUCCUAAUAGUAGUGCCUUUGAACAAGAGCCUUAUUCCUAAAAGAAACCCAUGCUGUGAAAUAAGAGACACUUCUACUGAUUAGCUCUAACGAAUUGUGUGUCUUCAGAAACGAUGUUCAGCCCGCAAAAGAGGGGCACCGUUCACUGUGUGCUCCUCCUGCUUGUAUACCAUUGCGAGUGACAUGAGGUGAGCACAGGAUCAGGAUUGGGUCAUUCAAAACAAAGAGUCUGAUAACGGGCUUUUUUUGAGGGAGACGUCUGAACAGGCUGUUUGCCGCUGUCUGCUUACUGAAAGUAAAAGGGUUUGGUGCAAUUCCCUGCCAGACUCUCCCGUGCAAGCCCAUUCCAGUGCACAGAGACAUCAUGGCACGUAAUAUACAUGCUUCCCGAUGGCGUGCCACCUUUCAUGGAGGAGAAACCUCUGGUCCACAACACCAGACGCUUCAUGAAUGAAGAGGGUACGCUACUCUGAUGUCCUGUUGCAAGCAUGCCUGAUCUCACCCUUUUGCGGUUUUUUUUGAAGGGGAGGGAAGAAUUCAUGCGACUGGAUUAUAACUAUGGGGCAUCCUCUUCAUACAUGAGGUCAUGUGCAUGGCGGAGGUGUGUGGGGCAAGUGUGCUUGUCCACUCUGCGAAAACAAAUGCCACGAAUGGGGAGAAUGUAGGAAAUGGGGGUUAGAAGACCCCACGCAAAUGCCAUUCACCCCCAUAGGAGAUCCAGAUAGAAUGGGACCCACAAUUCAUUCUUUCUUUCUUCAUUUCUGCACUUUAGAUUGAGGCAUGGAAGAAAUACCUUUAGGCUGCAAUCUUAUACCCACUUACCAGGGAGUAAGCCCCAUGGUAGUCAAUGGGACUUACUUUUGAGUAGACAUGGAUAAGAUGGCACUGUUAGUUGACUAUUCCACCCCCGCCUUGCCCAUGUCAAAUCUGCAUCAACAAGUCGAAACAUGUUUUGUAGUUUUAAGUAUGCUUUUAAAAUUCCUAUAUAGUUUUAAGUUAAUAACCUGAAUUUGGACGAUUGCGGUUGACAGUGGUACUGAUAACUUCUCUCUCUCUCUCUCUCUUUCUUUGUUAGCUGCAAUUUUAGAAUAUAUACAUAUAGCUUUACAAAACUUAGCUGUAAGGCACUACUAAUGGUAGAAGGCUUUUAAUACCUGCUAGAGUACUAUAUUUAGUUAUAAACUUACAUAACUAGCCAAUAUCACAACUUUUUUUUUUAAAAAAAAUACACACUUUUUAUAUUAAGAUUUCAUAAUUGCCAUUAGGCAAAUGGCAAGAGAAGUAUUAGAUUUUUU